UGUUGCUGGAACUUGUAUAAAAGAUCUGAAAUGGCAGCUGAUUAUUUACAGUUCCUGAAGAACAAAUUCAUCAGUGACUAUGAAGAAGCAGUGGCAGAAUACAAUGAUUUUCCCUUCCGUUCUCGUUUUCAUGAGAUUUUAGAGGAGUUGCAGGAAAUGAGGAUCAGCUCCUCAACACCCAUAAGAAUGAAAAAUUUGCUGUACGAUCUCAAGUUUGUAUUGGCUGAGUGCGUCAUGUUAGCAGGCAAGGAGAAGGAACGCAUUACCCAGACCAGCAAAAGUCUCGUAGGUUAUCAGUAUGUGAAGAAGAAAUGGAUUCUGUUCUUAACUAAGAGGAAACUGCUCUCCAUCAAAGAAAAAUUGCUGGACUACUUGCAUGCUGUCAGCGGUGAUGUUGCAGCUGAGACUGAGAGGCAUGUGUCCUUGAGCUUGGUUAGGGUUCGUCAACAAGGGGACUUUCCAGAUUUCGACGAGACUCUGAUUCAUGGGUUCGAACACCAUUUUGAAAAGAUCAAAGAUUUGCUCCUCAAGACACCUGAUACUGAUAGUAUCAGCACGAUUGGCAUUGUAGGGAUGGGCGGUUCAGGUAAAACUACUCUUGCCCAAAUGGUGUUCAAUAGCCCUCAAGUCCAAGGCAGUUUCUCCCCAAUUUUAUGGGUUGAAUUACCUCAAUCUCUGAUUAAACCCCACUUAAUUGUUUUCGCCCUUCUCAAAAGCUUGGCAAGUGAUUUUUCUUGGUGUGGCAGUGCUUUUGAUCUCAAUGAGCUUUUGCACAACCUGCACUGUUAUUUGCUUAACAAGAAGUAUUUGAUUGUAAUGGACAAUGUGUGGCAUGCGAGUGAUUGGUACUUUGAUUUGGAUUCUAACUCCAAGCUGCAGAUGGAAGGCAACGAAAACUACACUCAUCUCUCACAUGGCUUGCCAAGGGGAAGUGGGGGUGCCAUCAUCGUCACUAGUAGACUCAAGGAAGUGGCAAGUAAGAUGGUCGGUAAGCGGAAUUUGUAUCCCCUCGAGCCCACAUUGGACACAGAGUCAUGUUGGUCCAUAGUUCUAGAUUCAAUUGAAAAGGAGAUUUCAGAUCACUGGAUAUUAGAAAAAAUUAAAGAUGACACGGUAGACAGGUGUGGUGGUCUUCCAUUAGCUGCAAAGACCUUGGCGGACAUAAUUUCACAUCAGUUUUUGACAGAUCCAAGUGCAAUUAAGAAAUUUCACUUGGAAUUCGAAAAAUCUGUUGCACCUACCUCAGAGGUCCUAAAGGAAAUUAGGUCCUAUCCAGAAGUUUAUUAUGCCAAAGUUGCCAGUGAUCACAACAACAAAGUAGAAGCAGGAGGAAAUUGCAAUCCUCAAGACGUAGUGGAAGCCUUGAGCAAAUUUUCCCUAGGAAAGAUCACUGUAAUCGAUGGAAUUGAGCCAUUGCAGAAACAGUGAUCGAAGAAGAAAGUUAUGGAGCCUAUGGAAAAGGAAUCAGGGGAAGAACAAACCAUGGAUUUAAAAGAAGAAGAUAGAACUAAAUCAGCUGUUUUUUUUAAGGCCUUAGAGGUGUUGAAGAGAAACUGAUAGCACAUUAUCUUCUUCUUCAUGAUAUAUUUCUUGGUCAUUGCCAACUGACCUUAGAGCAUCUCAUGUGUUUAAUGUCAAAAUAAAAGUCAAAAGUCAAAUUAUAUUAGAUGUUAUUAUUUGACAAUUCUAUUAUAAUAGUGCAAAUAUUUUUGUUUUUAUUUUUUAUUUUUUAUUUUUAUUGUAAAAUGUCAAAUGAAAAUGCUUUUUUGUUUU